UAUAGGUUACUAAUAAACUACUGGUGUUUGGCAUAUUGGUUAAUUUGUCUUCAGUGAUGCUUUUCGAAAACCAGUAUGGUGCCCCUUUGAGGAAAUAUUGUUGUUUUGUUGCCUUAAAUGAUUGAUCAAUAAACAUUUCGUGAAGCGUAUUGGGUGCAACUCCGAAGUGUACGGAACAAUCCAUUACAAUGUACGCAGUGAUACCACAGUCUCAUACGUCGCUAGCUUGCAGCUUCAGAGUUCAGAUGAUCUUUGGUAUUGUAAUGUAUUGGAUGAUGAUAAUGUGUUUUGGGUGUGAACAAAGUGUUAGGGAGGAUGUGUUGUGAUGUAGAUUGGGUAUUUCCAGCACUAAGGAAACCUUCUCGUCUGUGGAAUGUUGCUAGUACGGUCACACUUUCUGCUGUUGGAAUGUUCAGUAAAUUAAUUACAGAAUGGCUGAACACCACAAAGGUCUACAACCGUGACAUCUUGAUUCACGCACUAGAGAACAGACCACCUACUGUACCACUGAUAACAGUUUCAAAUCACCAUUCCUGCUUUGAUGAUCCAGGCUUAUGGGGUUGUUUAGGCUUGAAGCAUUUACUGAAUCGUGAAAUUAUGAGAUGGUCCUUGGCGGCACACGACAUAUGCUUUACAAAUAUGUUUCAUUCAUACUUUUUUAUGUUGGGAAAAUGUGUACCUGUAGUUAGAGGGAAAGGUGUAUAUCAGCAAGCGUUAGAUUUUUGUCUGGAGCAGCUGUCAAAGGGAAACUGGAUUCAUGUGUUUCCAGAAGGACGUGUUAAUAUGGCCAAAGAAUACAUGAGAUUGAAAUGGGGUAUUGGCCGUCUGAUAUAUGAAUGCCCAAAACUUCCACUUGUUAUUCCGAUGUGCCAUAUUGGAAUGGAUAACAUAUUGCCAAACACUCCACCCUACAUUUUACGAAUGGGAAAGAAAGUGACUUUAAAUUUUGGUAAACCUAUUGAUUUCAGAAAUAUGCUGCAUGGUCUCAGAGAAAGUAAUGUCCCUCCACAGGAGGCAAGAAAAGUUAUCACUGACAAAAUAGAAAACACACUGAUGCUGCUGAAGGCAGAAACUGAAAGACUUCAUCUUAUUACCCUGCAAUCUUGACAUUAAAAUGUUUGUUGCAUUUUUCUUCAAAAUGUUGGAGGUUUUGGUGAUGUGGGCAUUAACUUGCUGAGCAUGAGACUGCAAAGUCUAAUAUUGAAGGAAAAAGUCUUACAUUUAUAUUUUUGCUAGUCAUUUUUUAAAUUAUUUUUAUAGUUCUCUGCAAAUUAUUUACAAAAAGGAACUUCUGAAGACUAUAAGAGCACAAUUCUUGUUAUUGAUGUUUGUAAAUUCCAUCCAUUGUAAUAUAUAGGCCUACACGGGACUCAAAGUAUUAUGUGAGUUUUAGUUGCCACAGUGGUUAUGUUGUGUGCACUCAUCUCAUCCUGUUAAGACCUGUAAGCCCUGGGUAAUUUUACAGUAUUGGUGGUCUAAACCUUCAUGCUUUAAAACAAGAAGUUAAAAGUAAGUUAAAUCUGACAAAAAAGUUUGUUAUUCAUUUGUGUGAAAUGGAACAUAUAAUUUGUUAUUAUUUUAUCCUGGAGGCAUGGAAUUAUGCCCCAACGUUUUUCAGCAAUUGCACUGUAGAUAAGUGCAAAGUAAGAGAAAUGCUGCCCCCUUCAUCCUUUCUACUUCUUCCUCCCCCCCCCCCCCCCUCCCUCCCUCUCUCUCUCUCUCUCUCUCUCUCUCUCUCUCUCUCUCUCUCUCUCUCUCUAGCUCUAGUCAGAUGAACUGAAUUGUGAAUUUAUAAUUUCUUGGCAACGAAAGAGAUAAACUAGAGUGAAACGAAUUAUUGCAAAAAUCAUUUUAUGCUGUUCAUUGUAUAUGUACCAGUAAUUUAGUACCUAUGACAUAUAUUACAGUGUAAUAACAAAUUUUGUUGUGUGCUAACUUGAUGGAAGAAGCGGAUUUGUGGAAGAAACCGUAUCCGAGACACAGUUGCUGGUGCAUCACUCUUAAGUAUCCAACUUAAGAUUUGUAAUAAUAUGGUUCUAUUUCGACAAGUGCAGCAGGUGGAACAACACAUUCUAGUCAUUGAAUCAGUGCCUUCUUGUGUAUUGUCGUUUUACUGUCUUUUGGUAUUACUGGUAAACAUGAAUAAUUAUGGUGAAGUUGAAAUCAACUGGUGUAUUUGAAAGCAUGUUUAAAAUAACUAAAAUGUGUGAAAGCUAUUUUUUGAUGAAGAUAAAGUGAGAGCUUUGUCAAAUGGUAAUUUGCUGUAUCAUAAGUAAUCCGUUGGUAGCAUUUCUAGGUGCCUGCCAAAUAUUAUAGAAAAGCAAAAUGAUUUUGUGCUACAUCAUCCGUCUUCAUAGCUAUUUUCUAAACGUUAAUUGUGACAGGUUUGUUGUCCCAGAUAUUUUUAUAUUCCAUUAUUGUGUACCUGGAAAAAAAACUACAGAUUAUAAAGCAGUUUAAAGUUACACUUGUUUCAUUUAAAUCUCAUGUUGACUUUCUCAUUAUUAAAAGCAACAUAUAAUUCCUACAUAAUCUUUAGUGAGACAUGAAUAAAAAUUGAAUAUAUACAUACUAUUUUAGUGUGAUGUAGUUUUUUUUUUAUCAGAUUUGUGGUUUAUAAUUUUAUUUGAGGUGGCUAAUUUUUUGUCUGACUUUUGUAAGUUGUUAAGCAGUCUUUGCAGAAAAGGCAAAGUGAGUAAAGUCAAAGAACAUAAUUUUCCAUAUUUAAAAAUUUAUUGUGCUAAACAUAAAUGAAUUUAACUCGGAAUAAAAAAAUUAUGAAGCUGCUAACAGCAAAUAAAAGUAAUAAUAGCCAUGAUUGUCAUAGGUUUUGCCAUUACUGUAUUACAGAUUAGGAUCAGCAUGUUCUUACAGUGUAUGUGGAGUAGAGUUGCAAUAUCACAUUACCCAUGAGUGCAGUAACUUGGUUUGUAACAAUUCUCAACUUCUCUUCAAUAGGUUACAGUUAUUUUUUAUUUCUUUACAGAUUUUUGUUGCCUUACAAAUUCUGAUCCAUUGUUUUGUUACAUAUGUACAUUUCACAAUGUCAAGUAACUGACAUUAAAUUUUUAAAUGAUAUGCUUUUAUAACAAGUUAUAUUUCAGGUUGUUGGUAUUUUAUGGUGACAUGCUUUUAAAAACUGUAAUAAUUUUUAAAAAAGAUCUGGU